UGGAACAUGAAACAGGCUGAAGAAGUCAAGUUGGAGUACCCACCCUGGGCCUUCGCCCUUCUGGUCAGCCUGAUCAUCUUGGCUUCUUUGCCCAUCCCUCUGGUCUUCCUGAAGGAAAUGCUACAAGACUGGUUACAAAAACAGAGAACAGACAAAUAUGGUCAGUGUGAAUACAGUCAGGGUUGUACAGUUGAUGAAGUGACAGAACCCAUGGAAGAAAAUAUAACACGGUGUGGAAAUGGUUACCUUCAUGUAGAGAUGGAAGACCUUGCAGAAAGUGGUAAACUUCUUUCCCCUGAAGAAGAUGCUGAAGAGGACACAGACAGUGCAACACCCUAG